CCUAACUUUCCAGGGAACUCCAGGCACAUACCUGCCGUCCCACGCUGUCUACGGGCCGGAGGGGACGAAGAGCACCGUGGGCUCCAUCUCUCUGGGUCUGCCUCGGCAGCAGGAUCCCAACAAGCCUGGAGCUGCUGUUCCAUCCAUGCAGGACGGACGAGGCAACCCAGCAAAGAUUGGCGAGGGUCUGACCAUGAGAGGAUCAAUCACUCAGAAAAUGGCUGGGGAGCUACCCGGCACCAUAUCAGGGACCAGAUUUGGCCCACAGGCUGGCACACCAGCCCUGCCCCAGUCCAGCAUCGCCGCCGACCUCCUGAAGAGCACAAUCUCCAAACUGGCCACAGAGGACCUGAGCAGCCCGGACAAGGCGAGGGGAGAGCAGCUGUCUAAAGGUCACGUCAUCUACGAAGGAAAGAGUGGUCACAUCCUCUCCUACGAUGCCAUCAAAAACCCGAGAGAAAACACCCGCAGCCCCAGGACCGGCCUCGAGCUGAAACGCACUUACGACAUGAUGGAGGCGCCGAUGAGCAGGGGCCACCCCGGCAGGGAAGGAGCUCCGUUCGAAGGGUUGAUCAGCAGAGCCAUACCAAGAGAAGGUCUACACGGAGACUCUAAGGAAAGACCAAUAAUCACAGGAUCCAUCAUGCAAG